UCGCCUCGCACGCUGGCAGCUUCCACUAACUCCGUCAUGGCGGCUCGUGUCCUGCAGCAGUGCGUCCGCUCCUUCGCUCGGCCCUCGCUGAGGCUUUGCUCCAGUAACCUCGCAGUGAGAGCCGCUGCCGCCCCGGCGGCGGCCGUCCACCGACCUCUCUCCUUCGCCGCAGACAGCCGGAGGACGCGGUGGCUUGGCCAGAGCCGGAUGACCUCGGUGGGCGUGCUGUGCCGACAGUAUGGAGACCUGCCCCCCCUCACUAUAGAAUCCAUCAAAGAGCGAGUCAUGUAUGUACUCAAGCUCUACGACAAGAUCAGCCCAGAGAAGCUGCAGACAACCUCUCACUUCAUGAAAGAUUUGGGUUUGGACAGCUUGGACCAGGUGGAGAUCAUCAUGGCCAUGGAAGAUGAGUUUGGCUUUGAGAUCCCAGAUGCAGAAGCAGAGAAGUUGAUGACUCCUGAGGAGAUUGUACAGUACAUCGCAGACAAGAAAGAUGUUUAUGAGUAAUCUGCUCUAUAGCACACCACAGAGAUAGGGUCACCGCCACCCCCACCCCACCCCCAACAGGAAGUUCUUGUGAAGCAGAUGGGCGCCGAACAGUUUCCUACUUCAUCAGCUUUCGUGUCCAUUAUGGCGAUGUUGCCAUCAGCUGCCGUGUCUUGUGUUUGACUGUAUUUAAAUGAACAUUUUCAGGCCAGCUUGGAGAUAAACUUCAAUAUUAAACAAGGUUAUAUCACU